GCCGACCGCCGGGGAUUUUCUUCAGUUCAUCUGAAUAUACCCAUGCAUCUUCAAGUGCAGCAGCCACGUACGCAUGCGCUGGUGGGAUUUUUGCGCCGCCAAAGCCAAUUCCCAGCGCACCAGGCGAUGAGGAGCAGCAGUUCAACUAACGCAGGAGCAUCCAUCGUCUGGUAACCUACGAGCAGUAACCAGGUAGAUGAACUGCUGCUCCUCCUGAGUGCCUCAUCAAAACGCAGGAGGAGCAACAGAUCAUCUACCUCUACAGCCCCCCCUGCCUCGUAGUGUCGCCGAUGUCAAAAUUCCGAGGGCCGCGAACAUGAUCAACC